AUGUCGAGUAAAGAGAGGGACCGCGGCGGCGGCGACGAUCACCGGACGUCAUUUCCGCGCGACGGCGCCGUCUGCGGCAACCUCGAUGAUUGCUACACGAAUGUCUAUGCCUUGACAGAGCUAAAUGAGCUGCACUGGCGCAUCUACGAGCACACAUCACACACAGCAUCACUGUCCCGGUUACACGAGGAUCCAGUUAUCAAGGCCUAUGGCAACUGUCUGCAGGGCAAAUUACUCUGCACCUACCGACGCCAGAUGCCCCCGUUAGCCGAUAAUCAGACACAGGUCUUGAUGCCCGUAUUUUCUGACUCGGAGCCGAAAGAACUUUGGGUAUUCUGGCUGACCGCCGACGAGCCGGAAGCUUUGGCUGCGGCGGUGGAAGGGCUGACAGAAAAGCCUCAAAACAAUUUGGACGCCGCGCAGCCGAUCAUCAACCCGGAGGUCCGCCAAAUGCUCUUCAACGCCUUCCACACCUACCUGUCAAUGGGAUUCACUCGCGAAGGACAUCUCCGCUUUGGAAAAUGGCAUACAAGACCCGUAUCACCGCCCCGGCCCGGCAUGGGCCAUCUCCAAGAAAAGCUGACCCUCGGCUUCAGCAUGCGAUUCUUCAUCGCUGGCGCCAGCACCGUCUGCGUGGCAUUUGUCAGCCAGAAACAGCCAACCCUUUUUCGACUCUCGAAAGCUCACAUCGAUCUCAACGAGCGUUUUGGCGUAAUUCUCUCUCCAUGGUCCCUCCGUGCGACCUACGUUGGCAUCGAUUUGGCCAAGUACAACGUCGACGCCGAAGUGGAGUACCCGAAAUGGCGACCAUUCUGGUUCGCCCAUUCGGAGGGCGGUCUUGAGGAAAUCGCCCUGGAACCCGAUAUGCCACGAAUGGUGAUUGUCGAAAUUGACAAGACUCCGAUGAUCGUUCCGACCGCCAUGAUAGCUGUCACCUGGGAGCAGUGCCCGUUGGCCAACAAAAAUUGGCAUAUUGUGAAGAAGGAGCCGGAACCGGUGAAUAAGGAGCGAUUGUUUCAGCCUCCCCGAAAAUCGACCAAGCACCUUCAGGAGCCUCAAUUUUUGAAGCGAGGCAUCAAAAUGAAAAACGGCGAGUUGAAAAACCCGAUCCUGUGCCGUGAGGGCGAAAUCUGGCCGGUCCUUGGGCUGAGCAUCGACAAUGUGUUGCUGCAGCCAAAGAUGUCGGCCGAGCCCACAUUUUCCAAGGCGCCAGACGCGCCAGUGACAGGGCCGCUUCUCCAGUUGCAAAAUGACCCCGCGCGGACCGGAAUUUGCCGGAAAGGCCGCGGCGGUGAGCCGUGCAAGUUGUGCCUCGAUUGCGGCGGAGGGAUGCCAAUAAAGCCGGUAAAGCCGAGAGAUCGUCAGGAAGAGCUGCGCAAGGCGCCGUUGGUGUCAGCGCUGCAAGGAAAGCGGCAAUAUAUACGGGUCAUAGAAGCAACCGUCAACAACCCGGCCGAAUCGGAGAGAUGUCCGUACGAUACGACGGUGAUGAAGACGGUUCUGGACAAUCUUGCUGAGGAGGAACUGAAAGCCGAUCAAAAGCUGACCGCCGGGCCUCGCAAUCCUGCUCUGGGCAAAAAUAAUCAAAAGCCAGCUGAAAAAACUCGAGAGGAGCGCCAAAAAGACAAGGCGGUGAGGGCCGAGAAGAUCCUCCAGAGUGGACGCCGGAAACGGAAAUGGCCGAUCGGCGAGCGGGCGAAACGAUGGCGCCAGUUGAUCGAUCAUAUUAAAAUGAGAAAAACCAGGAUAAAACACAGCUACUCGGAGAAGUACGGCAAGUUGAGCAAGGCCCGUCUGCCACCAGCCCCAAUCGACGAGAAGCGGGACGACAGCUCCGCAGACAGUAGCGACUCGGAGCCGGAGGACGAUUGGCUGACGAUGCAUCGUGUCGACCCGUUCGAGACGGCCAUUUAUUGCAAUGCGGAGACGGCACCGUAUCGCUAUCAUUUCGUUGGGCCGAGCACGUCGAAAGCGGCACCCGAGGAGCCGGAAAUUCAGCCAUUUUCCCCGAUUACGAACAAAGAAGCUCGACUAGCAAGGGAGGGAAACCCGGCCGAGCAGCUGAGCAAGUACGAGGAGAGCCGCGCCGAGUUGAUGGCGAGCAUUCAAGAAGAACGCGCAAUGCAUCUACGCAAAAAGUGGCCCCACACCAAGCCACGGUGGCCACAAGAAGAGCCCGAGGAUUCGAACGAGGAACCGACGGCGAUGAGCUGCGACCCGGAACCCAAGGCUAGCGAAUUGAGGAGGAAGACGGGGCAGCGGAAGCAGAGAAAGGAUAUCGAAGUGCGAGGACCAGCCCGCCCACCCCUUCUCGAAAAGCGCCGAAUCGGCCUGGAACGCGUGGAUUGGCCGAGCUCCUCGAACACGAAUCUCGGCGAGGCAUUGGAGCGAAACAUCGAGACUGAGGAGUACUACGAAGAAGACCCCUUCGAAGGCACCUUUUCUGAGGAAUCCGAGGGCGAACCCGUUCCUGUAUUCUUUGGCGGGGCCGCUGGAGAAAUAUGCGAACCCGGCAAAGGGCCCGGAAGUCUCGUUUGGAACUACGGGACGAAACCACCUACUGACGACAUGAUGGACGCCGAUGAAUGUAUGGUGGCCGGCCAAAUGGCGCAGGCUUCUUCUGACUAUUUGUCGCCGCCGGCAAGCAACGAGCUACAGGCCCCAUCUUCUGUCCAUUCAUUUCCGCGUGGGCCCCCGAGUGUUCCGCCUUCUCAUCUUGAUCCGCAAUUGAAUAACAUUUAUCCAACGCCGCCUUCUGUACAGCCGCAACAGCCCAGUCCGCUGGACAAUCAUGCCGAGCGCCCACCCGUCCAUCACCACCCUGAAGUCACCGGAUGCCCGCAAGAAUCAUGGUCGGAUGAGCACAUCGACGGCGAAAACCUCGUUCCCGACGGAGCUUGUGGAAAGGCAAUGGCAUCAGUCGUUUCCUACGUCAAGGAGAACCCAUUCUACCGGCUCGACAAAUGGGGCGAUUUCCCGCGCGCGUCGCGCUAUUCGGCCGGCAACACCCGCCAAGCGCCACGACUUCGCAACAAUGGGCUUGUUGACUACGGAAAGGUUCAACACCGCCUAAAGCGAUGUCAUCGGAAGGGUGACGGUUGGAUGGACAAGGUGAUGCACGUGUUGAGGACGAUGGACACGCGGAAGCAAGUCUUUCUGCUGCAGCAACAGAACGCCGCCCAGCACCCGAGCAUGAUGGCCAUGCAUCACCGUAUGGGCGGAAUGGGACCACCGAUGGGCCCUCCACGCGGUAUCCCCGGAAUGCCCGGAAGACCCGGAAUGCCAACUGGGCCCCCACCUCGCUACGGAAUGCCCGGCCACUUUGGCCCUGGCCCAUCCACCAUGCCACAAUCCCCACAUCCCGUCCAGCAACUCCACAAUAUGGUCAACAACCCGUCGUACGGCGGAAUGGGCGCGCCGUAUCCUGGAGUGCCGCAACCCGCCAUCCCUCCGCACAUGCACGCACAUAUGGGUACCGCCGCUCCGCAACAUCAGAUGCCAAUGCCACAACAACCUCCCCCACAUCCGCACAUGCAUAUGGGACAUAUGGGCCCUAGUGGUAUGGCCCCUCCUCAACCCCACAUGAUGAUGGGCGGUGCCGGGCAAAUGAUGGGCGGCCAAAUGCCAGGGAUGGGCGGAGGUGUUGGCCCGCAACCGGUGAUGGGCCCUCCGAUGGGCCCUCCCCAAUCUAUGGGCCACCAUGGAAUGAUGGGCCACCACCAGCCGAUGAUGAUGGGCGGCCCGCAAGGCCAUGUGAACCCGAUGAUGAACCAGCAGCCGCAACAACCCAUGGGACCGCCGAGUGUGCCCCCGCAGAUGGCCCAACAACACAUGUGGCAGCGCGACUACAGAAUGGGCGGCUUCGGGCCCGGCCCAAGCCAUCCUGGGAUGGGCGGGCCACAAGAAGGAAUGUACCCACCCCCUCAACCGGCCAUCUCCUAUCCAUCAGGGCCAUUUGGCGGCUACCAACCUGCUCCAUCGCAUGGCCACCCACAGUACGGAGCUCCACCCAUGGCCCCGAGGCCGAUGCCCCAGCUCGGACCCCCUGGAAUGAUGGCACCGCAACAACCAUCUGCCGUUGGGCCUUACGGAGGGCAUCCCCAUCAGCAAAUGCCUUCGCUUGGUCCGCCGGCUUCGCUUUUCAAGCAAGAAAUGCUGCCGGAGCAACCAGUCGACCCAUCGUUGGCCCUUCUUCCAUCUCUUCCGCUAUCCCUACUCCUCUCCGACACAAUCCUCGACCUCCACUUUGACAGCAACUUUGACGCGUGCCCCCUCUGCUCCUGCAAUGCUUCCAUCAAAACCCGCGAACUAGGAUUCUACCUAUCUCCUCACGAAGUGUUGACGAGGAGCCCGGCGGAACAAGGACGGCUCAUCCAGCCUUGGAGCGGCUUCUUCCUGCACCAAAACCAGCAUUGCACUUGCGGAUUCUCGGCCAUACGCUACAGGGCCCUGUCGAUGCGAGCCGGGCUUUUCCCGGAGGAUGCGCGAGAGGCUACUGGGGAUGUUAGUAUAUCCGAAAUGCCUGGCCUGCUCGGAGAUGAUGACCCGUCUAUAUGGUUCGACAUCUCGAUGCAGCAUCAGACGCGUGCUGCUGCCCGCGAGGCGAUGAACAUGCUGGACAUGGUGAGGCGGAUGAGUCUCCACUCGAAGCCAGGGCUCCUCAUCCAAAGAGCCCUGCUCCUUGCCGAGACCGCUGAAAGUCAAAAACCGCAGGCCCGCCCGCCGCCCUACGGAGAUCCCACGCAACUGGGUGAACGCGCCGAGUACUUCGUAUCUGACAUGGACCGCACGGAGCUUCUCCUCGUCUGGUCGGCCGCCGUCAACGCCCUAAUGCCCCGUUUGGCACCGAAUGAACUCCCUGCCGGCCCUGAGAUAUCCCAAUACAUCCAUCCAUGGGGACUUCAACAGGCCAAGGAUACCCACGACGUGCCAGACCACGAAAACCGGGCCCUCCUCGACGAGCUGAAACCGGCGCUGGAGCUCGCCAUCCGGACAGCCAAAAAUUUCGACGCAAAACCGGAUACGCAAACCACGCAAGCGGUUGACGGACCUCUGACGUGGCGCAAGUUUGCGCUAAAAUGCAGCAAGGCCACGCAGGAAGAGGAGCGCGAGCAGGCCAGCCAAACGAUGGAACCGAUCCCGUCGAUAGUGGUGGCCGGAGAACGGGAUUCUGGCGUGAUGCGCGUCAGCCCGCAAGCAAUUCCCCUCUGGGAAUCCGCCUCGUUCGGCCCGGUCGAUCAACCAAAAGACGUUUUCUACCUCGUCUGCACCCUUGACGACUCCCAGCUCGCCGACCGCGCCCAGAACUACUUCGAGGAGCUCAGCAAACGCUACGAACAGCUACGCUACGGAAAACACGUCCCACUGCCGCGCAAUGAUCCAAAGGAGACCAACGGCAUCCUGCGCGUGCCGCCGGUUCGCCAGCAGAACAAUCAGCUCCAGAUGUCGAGCUGUGCGUUCUGGAAGACGCCCCUGGCGAGGCAGUACGACCUGAAGGUGAUGAUCACCGUUCAGCACUUUUGUGGAACGAUCGAGGCGACCGUGGCGAGGACGCUAUCCAGAAACGGAUUUAAUCUGUUUGAGCGCGAGACUUUCCGUCGCACUAUCGCAGAACAUCAGCGAGGACGUAUCGGGCUGAUGCAGCUGUACGCCAAGUCCAUUGAGAGUGAUAUGAAACAGAUGGACCGGCGGAGCACGAGCCAAAAGAACAGCGUCUAUCGCCACUGCCAGCUUGACAAGUUGUUGGUGGAUGAGCCGCAGGAUGAGGCCCAAAAUUCGAGCAAGGAAUCGGCACAGGCACGAGAUACUGCUGGCACGAGCAAGGCCACGGUUCCGGAAGGUGAAGCUACGUCGCAACCGUCCGCUGGCGAGCCGAUGAUGGUAGAUAUGCCGGAGAUCAAGGAAGAGCCGAAAUCCGUCAAUAAUGAUCCAAACGCGACGGCGCAGCAACCCGCGGCCUCAUCUUCGUCUCAACCUCCCAAACCGUCAACGUCAGCCGCCCCGGAACCACCAACGGCUGCCCUGACGGCACAGCAGCGCGAAGAACAAAUCCGGCGUGAGCACCAGGCCCCGAAGUACACCUCGCAAUUCCCCGGUGGUCUCCCGACUCCAGCGCCAAAGUUGCCCUCUUUGCCGCCGGAGGAUAUCCCAGAAGACGAGCCCGGGCUUCUCAACCAUGUGAUUGUCAUUUAUCUGGUCGACCCAUUCUGUACCGGAGCUCGUGCUCUCGACCCACGCUUUGCCCGUGUCCUCAGCCAGGCCUACCUCCGAACGUACUCGGCGAUUUGCCAGCUUCUGCCCGUGAAAUGGCGUGCCCGCAUCCAAUUUGAGAUCGUGCCCGCCUCGCAGAUUCUCGACCACUACGGCCUCUACUCGCAGCAAUCGAGACCGCAAGCGGAACACGUCGAGACGAAAUCCUCCUACGACUACAUGCGAGAUCUGUGCCUGUCCGUCUACUCUCAACCCCGUGUCCUCGACAACGAAUGCGUCAAGUCCAUCCAGCCGAAGAGCAUGACCAAAUUCGGGCCCGCCUCCGGCAUGGUCGAAGAAAUGGACCGCUGGACCGACCCCUAUUUCUACCAAAUCCACUCGAACCCGUUGAAAUUGGCCCCGGACGCUCUGCUUCAGGAAAGACCGGACGGCACCCUGUCGCACGUCGAUUUGCCCGAACAGGUGUUGUACGUCACGUACUGUCUACUUGGUGAUGAGUGGCUAUGCGCUUCCGUCACCGAUCAGCAGGGAGAGCUGCGCGACAAUUGUCUCAUCAACAUGAAGCCGGACAACCCGCGGAGGCUCGUCGUCAAGUUCCGCAAGCGCACGCAGAUUUUCGAUGCGAUGGAGAAGCUGUGGCUGUACAUUCAAGGCCAGUUGACGGUUGCGACGUCGUGUUGGCGGGUGGUCAUCGGAAAACUCGGACGAAUUGGGCAUACCGAAUUUAAGGCCUGGGCCGCGCUGCUGUCGAAGCCGAGCUUGAAGCGGUACAACGCGCGGAUGAAAGAUGGAUGCCAACAUUGCCAAAACGUUCCGGCGCACAUUCCGGUCAUCCAUCAGGAGUGCCCCGUGAUUCUGUCUGCUUGUCUCGUUUCAUUUGAGCCCGAACCGACGAUUAGAGUCCUCCCCUCAUGCCUCGAAAAAGGUGGCCGCGGCCGCAGUGGACAGGGCCAAGGCCCCGAAGAUCAAUCCAUCACCCACAUAAUCGUCUACCCGCAAAGUGUAGAUGUUCAGCCUGUGACCGCUGACACUCUGGCCCAGGGCCACGAUGACGACGAUGCCGGCUUCGAAUUCGACAUCGGCAUCGACGAUAUCGGGGAGGACAUGCGGGGCAUCUUGCAGGAUCUCGGCGAGGAAGAUCUGCAGCCACAGACUGCUGGGUUGCGCUCGCACUAUGCCAAUCUGUUCGAUGGCGUCGACACGUCAUUCGAGAAUCAGCCCCUCGCAGCCGGGUACUACAUCUCAACGGCGCCAGCUCCCGAUUUGCCCGAAUGGUUCUGGGCGUCGGCCAUGAGCUCGCGCGGCCAGGUUCCGACCCAUUUGAAGGCUUCCCUGCACAUCAACGUGACCCAGGUGCAGGCCGAGGACUCGUUCGGGGCCGGCAACACGGCGAAGGACAAGGCCCAGGAGCAGUACAGCCAUCCGCUCGACAGCAAUCGCACCGAUGAAGUGCUUCGCAACGUUCUCGAGACGUACAACAGCCUCUCAUGGCUCGAGAUGGACCCGAUGGUGAACGACCGGCGCUCUUGUCUUCCCAUCCACAUGCAGAACCUUCUGAAGCUGUACCACAACGUCCGCCGGUUUAUUCUC